AUGGCGUCUCGUGGGCAGAGACCCGAGCACAUUGGGCCUCCGGAGCUGUUUUACGACAAGAAUGAAGCGCGGAAAUACGUGCGCAACUCACGGAUGAUUGAUGUCCAAACCAAGAUGGCUGGGCGAGCGUUGGAGCUCCUCUGUCUGCCUGAGGGUCAGCCUUGUUACCUGUUGGAUAUUGGCUGUGGUUCUGGGCUGAGUGGAGAUUACCUCUCAGAUGAGGGGCACUACUGGGUGGGCAUUGACAUCAGCCCUGCCAUGCUGGAUGCGGCCUUGGACCGAGACACGGAGGGAGACCUGCUUCUGGGGGACAUGGGUCAGGGCAUCCCCUUCAAACCGGGCUCCUUUGAUGGUUGUAUCAGCAUUUCUGCGGUGCAGUGGCUCUGUAAUGCUAACAAGAAGUCCGACAUUCCUGCCAAGCGCCUAUACUGCUUCUUUUCUGCUCUUUACUCCGUUCUGGUCCAUGGAGCUCGGGCUGUCCUGCAGCUGUACCCUGAGAACUCAGAGCAGUUGGAGCUGAUCACGACCCAGGCCACCAGGGCCGGCUUCACUGGUGGUGUGUUGGUGGACUAUCCCAACAGCGCCAGAGCCAAGAAGUUCUACCUCUGUUUGUUUUCUGGACCUUCGACCUUUACACCAAUGGCCCAGAAUGAAGAUAAUGAGGAAGAGGAGGCCAGGGGGUCCACGUUCACGGUUGAGAGGGUCCCGUACAGGAUGGCGAGGCGGGGCGUGGUGAGGAAGAGCCGAAAGUGGGUGCUGGAGAAGAAGGCGCGCCGCCGGCGGCAGGGCGAGGAGGUCCGACCUGACACUCAGUACACCGGCCGCAAGCGCAAGCCCCGCUUCUGA